CUAGGUACUUUCGCGCCUAUUUUCUCCUCAGUAUCUAAAUCUCUCAGCCAGUCGAGUCAACCACACGAUGCGAAUAGCCUGAACCUUACAGAGCCUUAUCCUUCUCACACAGACGCGACCCUUUACGACCAAGGCACUCGGCUCGACCAAUUUCUCUUUUGAUGUACAAGAUUGAGGCAGAGAGUAAGGGAAAGGCUACCUUAUGACAGCUGAUCCUUCAUCUUUGCGAUACAAGACCGCCGACAUCUCCCUGACAUGACGUUGAAUACACUUAUACCCACAACCAAAGACCAACAAACACCUGAACUCCUUCACCAUGGUUUCACGCGCUGAAGUUGCCGAGCAGUCCCAGGCCCAUUCUCAAUCCCAUUCUCGAGGCGCACGGUCUUCCGCCUCUCGACCACCCAGAUCACGACACAAUUCCCAACACCAUCAUAGAGGGCGUUCUGAUUUCGGGGCACCAAACUAUGCUCCUCUCAACGAGUUUCCAUUCUUCUCACAGUCGGGCGAUGUUGAGAUUGUCGUCAGUUGUGAUGGCCAAGAGAAGAGAUAUCUUUUGCAUAGUUUCACUCUAGCCCAGUUUUCUGGCUUCUUCGAGGCCAGCACCAGAGAGGAGUGGUCUCCACCCCAUGCUGCUCUGACUCGUGGGAACGGUGAACUACCUCUGACUCUCGCGGGUGACAACACUGCACUGAGUGCUAUUGGGGAAGAAGGUUCACAGAUUGGCUCUAGGAUUGAGUUGCAUGGAGGAGCAGAGAUUCCUGGACCAUCGACCUCUUCGCAGUUGCAAACAUCUAGUGCCCUCGCUCGGAGGAGAUGGCGAUACGAGCUGGACUGGCAGAACCUUGACGACGACGACGAACCCAUCCUCGUCAAAAGGACACCAGAAGGACAUCUGUUUCGUCCAUCCCCACGACAACCCUUAUCUCCUAUUCCUCCAAACAUUCCUCACCAACAGCCCUCUCACCAUACUUCUUUUUUCCGCUCCAUGGCGAAUCUGACUCUUUCACAUCAUAACACAGCAACACAAUCUUCUGCGCACCUGGCUAGCAACACUGUUCCCGAUCCAGCAUUGACUAAUGCAUUGUUACGAGACUAUGACAACCUCUUUCGCAUCUUUUACAAUUAUCCACCAAUGCUCAACUCAGCCAACAUCGCCUCUGCCUAUAGUGAAUGCAAAGCACUUUUAGCAUUGGCCGAUAUGUAUGACGCCCUUCCAGUUGUGGGACCAAGAAUUGACCACCACUUACUCCGCUUUUCAAGUCGUCUAUUCAAACAAAUCGCAAAGUAUCCACCCUCAUACCUUAAACUCGGUUAUCUGGCUCGAAGUCGCACCAUCUUCACAGAAGCCAUCAUUCAUGUCGUGGGCAAAUGGCCCGCGGCCUUGCCAUAUCUCAAACCCCCGGACCAGAAUGGCGAUACCGGCUACGACAUCCCCAUCACCGUGAUCCACCUCAUUGAGGACCUGGUGGAUGAAUUGGAAGAACUCAAGCAAAAGAUUGAAAUGAAACUCUUCCGACUAACCUUGACCACCAGUCGAGGAGAAAGAGUCACUCCCAGUAAUGACUACCUGGGCUGGUUAGCCAUGAGUCUAUGGCGACAAUGGCUCGCAGAAAACACCACUCCAGAGGUUCGAGGAAUUUUGAAGAACGCACCCACAACACCAUCAUCCCAACGACCCGGGAGUGGACACUCGACUCAACCCCUCAGACCUUCACAAUCAAUACCUCGCCAACCUCCGCCACCGUAUCAAUUGACUAAUCCAGCUCCACCUCCCUCCCCAUCCAUCGCUUCCAGCCGCAUCUUUCGUUUGAUUGCCUCGCCAAACUCAUCCGAGGCUUUUCUAUCACAUGACGAGCUCAAGCGCUUCCUCAAAAUCCAACCAACCCAUUCAUCAACUCCACUUUACACCCGCGACAAUCUCCGUCGUUUCGAGCGGAAAAUGGAUGAGAUCAAGAACGUGGCUCGAGAUAUUGUCAAGCCAUUGACGAGGAACUGUCUGGAAUUGGAUUUGAGAACCUUGAGUGAGGCAGGGAGCGGUGCUGGCACCGGUGGCUUGGGGUAUUUGACCUGUACAAGGGUCGAAGAGGAAGAUCUUCCUUGGGAGACUGGAUGAUAUGGUUGCAAUGAGUCACCAUUUCCGUUGAAGACGACUUGAUCUCAUCAACACCAUGUACGACAUUCAUCGCACUCGACAAGUCUUGACAAUAUGUUGGUCAAUAUCACCAACACCCACUCUCGGCCUAGUAUGAUUUACGGCUUCUUUCCUAUUGUCGUGCACAUGAUAGUGCACGUUUUCGAUAUAUACCCCACCUUUUUUGGUUCGGCGCUUGGAGUUAGUGGAUGUGAAGGCAAGAUGUACGGUGCGAUGUGGAAGGGCGAUGAAAUGUGUCAACAGAGUGUGAUUGCGGAGGAUAUGAAAGGAGAGAUGUGAGGAGACUCAAGGGGAAAUGGAUGGAAUUACCCAUGCCAUCGUAUCGAAUCGAAUCACGAUAUGACAAGAAGGGACAACGUUACGACAUGUCACGAACGAUACCAUAUGAUGUGAAACGAGAU